CCGUCUAUCCCGCUCCGCCAGGUCUUCUACCAGCACCUCUGUCAUUUCGCUGAAAGAACCCCAAGAAAGUGUGCCGAGAUGACUAAGAUAAACACCUCUCUCCACUCCUCGCGGAGGAAGUCGCGCAAGUCGCACUUCGGCGCCCCUUCCAGCGUUCGCCGCGUUAUCAUGAGCGCCCCUCUCAGCAAGGAGCUGCGCGAGAAGUACAACCGGGCAAAGGAGACCGACCAGCGCGAUGGAAUAGGACCUGUGCUGACAAGCGUUCGCGAGCAGGUCCGCUCCCUGCCCAUCCGCAAGGACGACGAGGUUAUGAUCACCCGUGGCUCCAACAAGGGUCGCGAGGGCAAGAUCACUUCCGUCUACCGCCUCAAGUACGUCGUCCACGUCGAGCGUGUCACCCGCGACAAGUCCAACGGCCAGUCCGUCCCGAUCGGCAUCGCUGCGUCCAAGUGCGUCCUCACCAAGCUCAAGCUCGACAAGGACCGCGAGAACAUCCUUGAGAGGAUAAGCAAGGGUCGUGAGGCCAACAAGGCCAAGACGCAGAAGGCGUAA